AUGAGCAAUAAAAAGGGUCCGGCUCUUGAUGAAUUGGAUCCAAUGGCAGCCCUCCUUGCUAAGAAUUCGCAAGAGACAACAAUAUUAGAUGAACAUUUUAACGAAGCAAAGAAAAAUGAUAGUUCAUUAACCCAAAAGUAUAUUUCCAACAGGAAGAAAUCACAUACACCAGAUAAUUCAAUCGGCUUAGGAUAUAGGCAAAGCUCAAGCAGUUCUUUUCAUGGAACAGUUGUCACAAAGACAGGAGACAGCUCCGUUCCAAAAGAAUCUGUUCAGCAGGAUGCAGAUCCUGUCGUUGUCUUUGAUGGCCACUCAAGUGAUACAGGUGAUAACGAACCAAUCGAAUUAGGUGUUCGUCAGCCAUCUUUCGUUUCACUCCAUGGUCAAAUCAUUCCAAAGGGCGCUGACUCUCUUGCCGAUCUUCAUACUGUUAUUGAAGAGGAACCAAUGGAACCAGAGCCAAUUGUUGAGCAGGAGGAGGAAGAAGACGAAGAAGAGGAAGAUGAUGCACAGGUUAAAAUUGUUAAGCACCUCCAGGCAAAGAAUGCCAACAGAUGGGCAGCUAUCGGUUACGAACCUCCACAGAAUUUAAUUCCAUUAGUUCGUGCGAAAUCUCAUGCAGUUAUUAACGGUCAAAGCCAGGCAUUAACAAGAAAUGGAUAUACUACUACAUCACUUACAAAAUUCUACAUGAAUACGGACUUAAAUGCCAAUUCUCCAAUCGCUGCAGCAGACAUAAUCGAGGAAGAACCAGAAAUGACUAAAUCCGGAACGUUACUUCCUCCACCAAGCCGUAGGAAACGUAGCGGUAGCGAUGGCAUGAAAAUUGGUGAGGCCUCUGCUUCAAUGGAACAAAUGCAUUUGAUUAUCCCAGGUGAUAACGUUUCGAAGUCCCCAGUUAAUACAGACUCUUUUGGCACUAAUCUUCCAAAAUCAAACGUUGAGGAAGAUAAAGGAACUUCUUCAAAUCUUCAGGAAAUUGACGAAAUGGACGAACUUUGCGAAAACGAGGAAGACAACAACGAAGGAAUGGAAGAAGAAGAAAUCCUGGCUGAAGAAGAGAUAGAAAGCGGACUUUUCGGAAAUCUUAACUCAAUUGUCACAGAACCGGAAGAAUCUCCAGUCUACCAAACAAUCCUUACAGGAGAAUUACCAACACUCAAGAACUGCGGAGUCGUAAGAGUUGCUCUUAAGAAGUACAUCAAACUUUGCCAGAAAAACAACUUCCACGAAGAACUCGAUUACUUACAAAGCUUGCUUGAAGAACUCCCGCAGUCUCCAGCCAAGAAACUUACUCCUCCUUCUACAAAGACUUCAUCUCGUCCGAAAUGCAAGUCCGCUGGCAAACAGAAGCAGCUUCCUGAACUUGAGACUCCAGCCGAAAUGAAGAGCACUCCAAGAGCCAGCCAGAAAACAACUUCAUCCAGAUCAACUCCAAAACAAACUCAGAACUCUCAUAAGAAUCUCUCUCCAAACGCAUCCUCAGUAUCAAGCGAAUUUUGCCAAUCAUCAGCUCCUACAACUUCUACUUCUCUCGACAUGCAUCUUGACCGUCUUCUUAAUGAAAUCGACAAAGAAUACAACGAAGCCGCUACAGAGCUCGACAAGAAGUGGCAGAGCCCAGAAGUGGUCGCAAAAUACUCAAGGCCAUCAGCAGAUCUCCUUGAAAUGCGCUCACAGGCUCGAAAACUUCUCAGACAGCGCCGCCAAGCAGAGUUCGAGCGUAUACAGCAUGACAUCAAGAUACAGGAAGAGAAGGAGUCUCUUAUCAGCGAGAAACAGCUUCAAGCUGAUUAUGAGGCCGCCGACAAGAAGCUGAAGGAGCACUACGCGAUCAAGAGGGAUGUUCUGAUCAAGAAGUUCGAGCACAAGAAGGAAAUGCUCAGCCAGCUUGCGAUGGAAAGGAACGGACCACUCGAUGUCAAAAGGCCAAAGAUGUUGAACAGACAAAACGACAUAGAAAUACUCCAGAGAAUGACAGACGACGUGUUGAGAGGAAGGGAUGUGCAAGACUUCAAUAUAGACAGAAUCUAUAGUGAGACUCACAAGAAACACUGA